AUGACAGACAAAUUUGGGAAAAAUUGUGACUGCUAUUUCGAAACUGUCCGUGGUGACGUAAGCAGACCUACCGAAGCUGCCAGAGGUGGUGAUCUGGCAGGAGUUGAAAGACCCCCCAUGCAAAAUCGAUAUCCGGAAGCCGGGGAUCGAUCUAACUUACUUGGCAAGCUAUCCAAUUCGAUAUGGAAGUUGAUCUUGAGCAGUUUAGUUUAUAUCACUUUCCAAUCUCAGUCUAAAACCCCUUUAGUUACCGUUUUUCAAGUUAGUAGACAACCAUUCGAGACCCUCGUACAAACCGUCACCAGAAGUGGCGCAUGUGGCUUGGAUGAACCAUGGUCUUGGUCUGAUGGACUGCAGACCCAAUUUCUCGGUGAUCUCAGCAGCAUUCAUGGCGUUUGCUUCAAGAAUACGGUCUCUGUCGUUGGAGUCGACAACGAAGAUGAUUCCCUGGGUGUUUUGGAAGUAGUGUCUCCACAAUGGUCUAAUUUUGUCUUGUCCACCAACGUCCCAGACGGUGAAGGAGAUGUUCUUGUACUCCACGGUUUCAACGUUGAAACCGAUAGUUGGAAUUGUGGUGACAAUCUCACCCAACUUCAACUUAUAUAG